AUGGCCUGUCUGUGUGAUAAACUGAAAGAAGCAUAUUAAACAUGUCUGAGACCGGGAGCCUGCACCAAGGAGUGAAGGACGAGGAGGAGCUGCAGCCUUCGACCCCAGUCCCAGAUCAGAGUACCAUGCCUGGGGGCGUGGUGGUAGAAGACUCCCCUACCCAGCAGCGAUCAGAACCAGAGCUGGAUGGAGUGGCCUCGGAGGGGGAGGGGAGUGACAGUCCCAAAGCAGAGGCAGAGCCAGGCAUUAGCGACCAGGUGACUUCAGAUUUUAAGGAGGAGGCACCGACAGGCAACCUGACAGACCACAGUGUCACUGAAGUUCGUCCACCAUUGAUCAGCAUAAAGCCAGGUGUAAGUGGCCACAGAAGAAUCGGGGGCCAGAAGGGGAAGAGCACCAACCAUGCUAACAACACCACGUCCCCGUCUGCCAUCGCAUCCCCCGUCUCCACGGUAGCGAUAUCGGGCAAGCGCUCUGUUCUGCUCUCCACCGAGGCCCGUAAGGAGAUGGUCAAGCAGGCCAAGGCCCUGAAGGACGAGCGGCGGGCGGCCAUCGAUGCCCGACACAAGUACCUCAUCGGCAAGAUCGCCGACGGCAUCAGCCUCGGGGACGCGGAAGUGGAGGAGGCACUCGUGUCUGAUGACAAGUUCAGCUUGAUAGAGGAAUUCUUUGCUGCCCAUGGAUCAAAGCGAUUGCUGCUCUUCUAUCAGUCGGCACCAAUGUCUCAGUGGAAUCGUCACUCCUCCUCCUCAGAUGCUGUGAGCUCCACAGUCAGCCAGAAGAAGCUGUUUAUCACCACAGGGACUGCUGAGGGCCUGCACGGGGUGUGUUUGUUUUUCCUGCGGAGCACCGAGAAGGCCAUAACGACCGCCACCGUGUCCCAAGAGGUGAACUUUGGAAUGCUGGACUGUGCUGAUGGGAACCUCUUGCACAGCCUGGAGAACCUUUUCUCACUGGUCAUGUUGCCAGCUCUCCAGUCUCAAGAGGACUGGGGGGCCAUAAAUGACGGCCAGGAGAACGUCCACAUCCAGGACUUCCUGAUCUCCGUCGACCGCUUCGUGGGCAGCCUCUCGUCAGCCCGCCACAACAUGGAGGCCAGGUUCCAGCUGAGCGAGAUGGACGCAGCACCCAACCUCAGCAACCUCCGCGAACCCGCCGACUACACGGCUGCAGCUAGUAAUGCCGAGCUGGUUGAGAGGCUGGAGGUGGUGCUGCUGCACUGGGCUCGUCAGAUCGAGCUGGUGCUGACGGAAAGCGAGCAGAUGAGGAAGGAGGCGGAUGACAUCGGCCCCGCAGCCGAGCUCGAGUACUGGAAGAGCCGCAUGACAACGUUCAACAGCCUCCUGGACGAGAUUAAGAAGCCAGAGGUGAAGAGGGUCCUGGGUCUACUGCAGGUGGCCAAGUCCAAAACCCUCAGGAGGUGGAAGGAGCUGGAUGGAAACAUUACUCUUGUAUCUAACGAGGCAAAGGACAAUGUCAAGUAUCUUUACACGCUGGAGAAAUUCUUCAAGCCUCUUGGAAAGUGUACUCCAACCAGCAUGCUGGAGCACAUCCCCAACCUGAUCAAUAGCAUCAGGAUGAUCCACAGUGUGUCGCACUACUACAACACCUCGGAGCACAUGACGUCGCUCUUCGUUAAAAUCACCAAUCAGAUGGUCACCACCAGCAAGGCCUACCUCGGCCAAGGAGCCGCCAAGAUCUGGGACCAGGACAGGAAGGAGCUGCUGAGGAGGAUCAGCGAGUGCUUCCGGCUGAAUCAGGAGUACCAGCAGUGCUUCCAGAGGGUGCGCGAGAAGCUGAGGGAGAACCCACACAACAGGCAGUUUGAAUUCAGUGAAAACUACAUCUUUGGGAAGUUCGACACGUUCUGCCGACGUCUGGAGAAGAUAGCGGACGUGGCCCGGACCCUGGAGGAGCUCGCCUCUCUACAGCACAUCAAGGUGGAGGGCACCGAGAAGAUCUACCUGCGCUUCCAGACCAUCCUGACCACCAUCAAGUCCAAGACCUACAAUGUGCUGGACCAUCGCAAAUUAGAGUUUGAAAACGACUAUGCUGACUUCAAGCAUCAAAUACAGGGAUUGUUCCAGUCCCUGCAGGCCCUGCUGGACGCCUGGUUCGAGAAAAACCUUUCAGCAGAGCGUAUGCUUGAUCUGCUGGCGAAGUUUGAGAAAGGCUUUGGGAAGCAGUUGGAUCUGUCGCAGAAAUACAUGUUUGUUCUCCAGCGCUACGGCCAGGAACUGGAGCAAGUCAGGAGGCUGUACCAGAAGCAGAGUGACGGCCCCCCCAUCGCUCGAAACAUGCCCACCAUUGCGGGUAAAAUACUGUGGUCACGACAGCUCUUCAGGAGGAUUGAGCUGCCAAUGACUAUGCUGAAAGACAAGCUGGAUAUUCUGAAGGUCCCGGAGAUGAAGAAGAUUAUCCGCUGCUACAACCAGCUGGCGGCGGUGCUGCUGGAGUAUGAGCUGCUGUACCACAGGGGCUGGGUGCAGGCGGUGGAGCAGGGGCAGCACGGCCUCAACGCCACCCUGCUCAUCAGGCAUCCAGAAACCAAGGAGCUAUUUGUCAACCUGGACCCGCUGGUGCUGGAGGUGCUACAGGAGGCAAAGUGCAUGAGGAAGAUGGGCUUCUCGGUACCCAGGGCCAUCCUGGCUGUCUGUGCCAGCGAGGCCCAGCUAAAAGCCCAUCAGAAUAAUCUGCAGGAGAUGCUUGAGGAGCUCCAGGCGUCGGUGGGGGGCAUCCCUGCUCUCCUCCUGCCUGUCAUGCAGCCCUUCAUCAGCCAUGUGGAGACCGCCCUCAUCCCCGGCCUCACCACGCUCACCUGGUCCUCUCUCAACAUAGACGCAUUCGUGGAAGGUGUGUACGAGGCUGUGGGGGAGCUGAAGCAGGUGGUAAAGGUGGCCUGUGACACCCUGGAGUGCCGUGUGGAGAGGGCUUUCCAUGCCAUGGCCACCACCCCGCUGCUGCCCCUGCCAGCCGACGAGCCUGUGCCCGCGCCCUCCUUCCAGGCCCAGGCCGAGAGGGCAGUCAAGGCAGCGGGAGAGGAGCUGGCUGGUCAAAGUGGACUGGCAGAAGCAGCCAUGUAUGACAUGAUCCAAGAACUGAAGAGGAAGAUGAAACCAGCAGAAGCAGUCAACUUAGAGGGUUCGUUUACGUGCCUGCACCCUGAUGCCAAGCAGAAGACGCGAUGCCAGUCCUGUUUGCCCUGUCGCUUCUACAACCUGAUGGGUCAGCUUUGCCAAAAGAACACAGAAGCCCUGGUCAAAGCCACCAAGACAUCUCUGGACUCUCUGAGAAAGCGUCUGCAUGUGGUGAGCUCCAAGUACGUGUCAGCCUUUGCCCUCCCGGGCCGCCAGCCUUCCCAGGUGCCCCUCUUCAGAGCCUCCAUACAGCUGGCCAUCCCCAACAUCGUCCUCAGACCCAGCCUGGAGGACAUCCAGAGCAUUUUGAACAAAGUGGUGAACACAGUGCUGUCCAUGGCCAAAGACAUCCCCCUCUGGCAGUACUCCCAUCUCCAUCACAAGCAGCUGCAGGUGGAGCAGCAGGCAGCGAGAGACCUGGGCGACGACGGGCCGGUCACCAAGCAGCUGACCCUGCGACCGCUGGAUAGGCAACUGGCCGAGCACAAGGACGUCACCAAGGCAGUGGUGCAGCUCAGCUCCAUCGUCUCCUCUCUCAAGGCCGACGCCGGGGACGUACUGGACGGACUGGCACACUUCUCAACCCUCUGGAACCAGGAUGCAGAGGAGCAGGUGAGGGUCUUCCUGGAGUCCAGCCCAUCUCUGCCGGAGUUCAGCGCUCAAAUUUCAUCAUACUCUACGCUGGAGGCCCAGAUCGAGGAGCUGUCAGCCACAUGCACGGUGGGCUCCAUCGUGUACGAGACAGAGCAACUGCGUCUCUCGCUGGCGCAAGAGUGCCGGGCCUGGAAGCGGGCCUUCGGGGCCGCGUUGAACCGCCGUGCCUCCGCAGACAUGGCGGAGAUCUACGCCUUUGUGGACGGGGCCAGCAAGCAGCUGCAGCGGCCCCUGAGGGACCUGGAGGAUGUGCGGGGGGCCAUGGCGGCCCUCAGGGAGGUGCGCGAGGGAGAGAUCCACAUCGACUCCCUCAUCGGCCCCGUGGAAGAGUCCUUCGCCCUGCUCAACCGCCACGAGCUGCACUUCAACGAUGGGAAUGCAGAGAGGGUGGAUAGUCUGAUGUAUGCCUGGAAGAACCUCAACACACUGGUGUUGCAGACCCAAAACACCCUGGUAGCAAUCCAGCCGAUAAUGAAAUCUGAGCUGUUGGCGGGAGUGGAGACAUUUCAGACUACGGUGCAGACGUUCUACGGCGAUUACGACAACAGUGGUCCCGGAGUGACUGGACUGGCACCGCGCGAGGCCAGCGACCGCUUGCAGGCGUUCCAGGCCCAGUUUGACGAGCUGUGGAGGAAGUACAUCACCUUCUCUGGGGGAGAGGAGCUCUUUGGGCUUCCUGUCAAAGAAUAUCCUGACCUUCACCGCAUAAAGAGGGAGCUGUCUCUAUUGUCCAAGCUUUAUGGCCUUUACAACUCUGUUAUUGACAGUGUGAAUGGUUACUAUGACAUUCAAUGGGCUGACCUUAACAUUGAGAAAAUCAACAAUGAACUUCAAGACUUCCAAAAUCGCAUCCGGAAGCUUCCAAAGGCCUUGAAGGAAUGGCAAGCGUUCAGCGACCUGAAGAGGAAGAUUGAUGACUUCAACGAGACUUGCCCGCUCCUUUACAUGAUGGCAAACAAGGCCAUGAUGGGUAGACAUUGGCAACGCCUGAGUGACAUCACUGGACACAGUUUUGAUGUCGACGCAGCAAACUUCUCUCUGAGAAACAUCAUGGAGGCUCCUUUGCUGAAAUACAAGGAGGACAUUGAGGAUGUAUGCAUAAGUGCGGUAAAGGAGCGCGAUAUUGAGGCCAAGCUGAAGGAUGUGGUGGCGGAGUGGAGCAGCCACGUGUUCACGUUUGCCCCCUUCAGGAACCGCGGGGAACUGCUGCUGAAGGGCUCGGACACGGCGGAGAAAGUGGCCCUGAUGGAGGACAGCCUGAUGGUGCUGGCCUCACUCAUGAGCAACAGGUACAACGCCCCCUUUAAGCCCACCAUUCAGCAGUGGGUGCAGAAGCUGUCCAACACCACGGAGGUGAUCGAGAAGUGGCUCAUGGUGCAGAACCUCUGGAUCUACCUGGAGGCCGUGUUUGUGGGCGGAGACAUCGCAAAACAACUCCCACAGGAGGCCAAGCGCUUCCAGAACAUCGACAAGUCAUGGCAGAAGAUCAUGCAGCGUGCGCACGAGGUGCCGGGCGUGGUGCAGUGCAGCGUGGGAGACGAGACGCUGAGCCAGCUGCUGCCGCACCUGCUGGAGCAGCUGGAGGUGUGCCAGAAGUCCCUCAGUGGCUACCUGGAGAAGAAGAGGCUGGUCUUCCCACGGUUCUUCUUCGUCUCUGACCCUGUGCUGCUGGAGAUCCUCGGACAGGCCUCUGACUCACACACCAUACAGGUCCAUCUGUUGAGUCUGUUUGACAAUGUGAACCGAGUGGUGUUCCACGAAAAGAACUACGAUCAGAUCCUGAGCUUCCAGUCCCAGGAGGGCGAGACUGUCGCCCUGACGGAGCCCGUCAAUGCCCAGGGUAAUGUGGAGGUGUGGCUGGGCAUGCUCUUGUCGGGAGUGAGGAAGACCAUCCACAGCAUCAUCAGGCAGGCCCACGUGGCCGUCAGUGACCCCGGCCUCAAGCUGCUGGAGUUCCAGGCCGUCUUCCCGGCCCAGGUGGGCCUGCUGGGCAUCCAGCUCAUCUGGACCAGGGACGCGGAGGACGCACUCAAGCAGAGCAAAGCAGACAAGAAGAUCAUGCAGACCACCAAUCAGAAGUUCCUGGACCUCCUUAACGAGCUGAUUGACAUGACCACUCGAGACCUGACGAAGAUGGAGAGAACCAAGUAUGAGACACUCAUCACCAUCCAUGUCCACCAGAAGGACAUUUUUGAUGACUUGGUGCGCAUGAACAUUAGGUCGGCGUCUGACUUUGAGUGGCAGAAGCAAUCUCGCUUCUACUUCCUGGAGGAGGUGGACAGGUGCGUCAUUCAGAUCACGGACGUGGAGUUCGACUACUGCAACGAGUACCUGGGCUGCACCGACAGACUCGUAAUCACCCCGCUCACCGACAGGUGCUACAUCACUUUAGCCCAGGCGUUGGGCAUGAGUAUGGGUGGUGCCCCCGCGGGUCCUGCGGGCACGGGGAAGACGGAGACCACCAAGGACAUGGGCCGCUGCCUGGGCAAAUACGUGGUGGUCUUCAACUGCUCCGACCAGAUGGACUACAGGGGGCUGGGACGCAUUUACAAGGGGUUGGCCCAGUCUGGCGCGUGGGGCUGCUUUGAUGAGUUUAACCGCAUCGAGCUGCCCGUUCUGUCGGUGGCGGCACAGCAGAUCUACAUCGUGCUCCAGUGCAAGAAGAAUAAGAAGACCCAGUUCAUCUUCACCGACGGGGACCUGGUGGACAUGGACAGAGAGUUUGGCAUCUUCCUGACUAUGAACCCGGGGUACGCGGGGAGGCAGGAGCUCCCUGAGAACCUGAAGAUCCAGUUUCGCACAGUGGCCAUGAUGGUGCCAGACAGGGCCAUCAUCAUGAGAGUCAAGCUGGCCAGCGCCGGUUUCCGUGACAACCAGGUCCUCAGCCGCAAGUUCUACACCCUCUACAAGCUGUGCGAGGAGCAGCUGUCUAAACAGGUUCACUAUGACUUUGGGCUGAGGAACAUCCUGUCUGUGCUGAGGACGCUGGGCGCGGUGAAGAGGGCGAACCCCGCCGAGCCCGAGAAGACCGUGGUCAUGAGGGUCCUCAGGGACAUGAACCUCUCCAAACUGGUGGAUGAAGACGAGCCUCUCUUCAUGAGCCUGAUAAACGACCUGUUCCCCGGCAUCACCCUGGACAAGGCGGGCUACCCGGAGCUGGAGGCAGCCAUCCAGGCCCAGGCGCAGCAGGCCGGCCUCAUCUUCCACCCCCCCUGGGUGCUCAAGCUGGUGCAGCUCUACGAGACCCAGCGGGUCAGACACGGAAUGAUGACCCUGGGUCCCAGUGGCACUGGCAAGACCACGUGCAUCCACACCCUGAUGAGGGCCAUGACAGACUGCGGCACCCCCCACAAGGAGAUGCGCAUGAACCCCAAAGCCAUCACCGCAUCGCAGAUGUUUGGCACGCUGGAUGUGGCCACCAACGACUGGACGGAUGGAGUCUUCUCCACUCUCUGGAGGAAAACGCUCAAAGCAAAGAAGGGUGAACACAUCUGGAUAGUUCUGGACGGCCCGGUGGAUGCCAUCUGGAUCGAGAACCUCAACUCGGUCCUGGACGACAACAAGACCCUGACGCUGGCCAACGGAGACCGCAUCCCCAUGGCGCCCAACUGCAAGGUCGUCUUUGAGCCCCACAACAUCGACAACGCUUCCCCGGCCACCGUGUCUCGUAACGGCAUGGUCUUCAUGAGCUCCUCGGUGCUCGACUGGCAGCCCAUUCUCCAAGCAUGGCUCCAGAACGUUCCUCAGGCCCAGGCGGACGUGCUACUCGGCUGCUUCAACAGCAUCUUCCAGGACCUCAUUAACUUCAUCUUCACGGCGGUUUCUCCCAAGAUGCAAAUCCUGGAGUGCAUGUACAUCAAGCAGGCACUCGACCUCCUGCAGGGCUUGCUACCUUCACCGGAGGAGAGAAGCAGCGCUGUGCGGGGUCACGUCAGCCGGCUGUUUGUGUUUGCGGUGAUGUGGUCGGUGGGGGCCCUGCUGGAGCUGGACGACAGGGCUGCCCUGGAGGCCUUCCUCAAGGGCCACGCGGCCGCCCUGGACCUGCCCCGCACCCAGGGAGACCAGACCAUCUUCGAGUUCAUGGUCAAUGAGGCCGGCGAGUGGGACCACUGGUCCAAGAAGGUUCCAGAGUACCAGUAUCCAAAGGAUGUCGUCCCUGACUAUGCCUCUAUCCUCGUGCCAAACGUUGACAACGUCCGAACAGACUUCCUGAUGCGGACCAUAAUGCAACAGGGCAAAGCGGUGCUGCUGAUUGGGGAACAAGGCACCGCCAAAACAGUCAUGAUCAAGGGCUACACCAGUAAGUACGACCCAGAAACCCAGCUGAGCAAAAGUCUGAACUUCUCAUCAGCUACGUUGCCAGGCAUGUUUCAGCAGACCAUAGAAAGUUACAUAGACAAGCGCAUGGGCUCCACCUACGGACCGCCUGCUGGGAAGAGAAUGACCGUCUUUGUGGAUGACAUCAACAUGCCUAUUAUCAAUGAAUGGGGAGACCAGAUCACCAAUGAGAUUGUGCGUCAGCUGAUGGAGCAGGGUGGCUUCUACAGUCUGGAGAGGCCUGGGGAGUUCACCACUGUAGUAGAUGUUCAACUGGUGGCCGCCAUGAUCCACCCAGGAGGUGGCCGCAAUGACAUCCCUCAACGCCUAAAGAGGCAGUUCUGCAUCUUCAACUGCACGCUGCCCUCCAACUCCUCCAUUGAUAAGAUCUUCCACACCCUGGCGCAGGGCUACUUCUGCCCAGAGAGGGGCUUCCCUGACGAGGUGUGUGCCCUGGCCAGCGCCCUCGUCCCCACCUCCAGGAGAAUAUGGCAGGCCGUCAAAGUCAAGAUGUUGCCGUCGCCUGCUAAGUUCCACUACAUCUUCAACCUACGGGACCUGAGUCGUAUCUGGCAGGGCGUCCUGACGGUGGGGGCGGAGGUGUGCCAGGGCCCGGCCACGCUCAUACCCCUCCUCCGGCACGAAUGCUGCCGCGUCAUCGCAGAUCGAUUCAUCAACCUCAAAGACACCGAGGUGUUCGACAGCAUAGUGGCCCGGAUUGUCACAGAGGACCACGGCUCGCAGCUAAUGGAGCAUGCUCAGACGGAGGCCUACUUUGUGGACUUCCUACGUGACGCCCCUGAGACCACAGGAGACGAGCCUGAGGACGCUGAGCCCGAGACCCCCAAGGAGUACGAGCCAAUCCCCUCCUUCCAGGCGCUCUCCGACAGACUGGGCUACUUCCUGCAGCAGUACAACGAGGCCGUCAGGGGCAGCGCCAUGGACCUGGUCUUCUUCAAGGAUGCCAUGAUCCACUUGGUGAAGAUCUCGCGGGUGAUCCGCACGCCCCAAGGCAACGCUCUCCUGGUGGGGGUGGGGGGCUCAGGGAAGCAGAGCCUCACCCGGCUGGCCUCCUUCAUCGCCGGAUACCAGAGCUUCCAGAUCACUCUCACACGCACCUACAACAUCAGCAACCUGAUGGACGACCUGAAGGCGCUGUACCGCAUCGCCGGGCAGCAGGGCAAGGGCGUGACCUUCAUCUUCACCGACAACGACAUCAAGGACGAGGCCUUCCUGGAGUACAUGAACAACGUGCUGGCGUCGGGCGAGGUCUCCAACCUGUUCGCCCGCGACGAGAUGGACGAGAUCACGCAGGACCUCAUCCCCGCCAUGAAGCGCGAGCACCCGCGCCGCCCGCCCACCGCCGAGAACCUCUACGACUAUUUCCUGUCGCGCGUGCGCAGCAACCUGCACGUGGCGCUGUGCUUCUCGCCCGUUGGGGAGAAGCUGCGCUCGCGGGCGCUCAGGUUCCCGGGGCUCAUCUCGGGCUGCACGGUGGACUGGUUCCAGAGGUGGCCCCGCGACGCUCUGGUGGCCGUCGCACAGCACUUCUUGGCCGGAUACGCCUUCCGCUGCACGGAGGAGGUGAAGCAGAGUGUGGUGGGCACCAUGGGCACCUUCCAGGAUCUGGUGGCGGAGAUGUGUACCGAGUACUUCCAACGCUUCCGACGGCAGACAUACGUCACGCCCAAAUCCUACCUCUCCUUCAUUAAAGGAUACCAAGCCAUUUACUCUGAGAAGAUUGCACACGUGGGAAUGCUGGCUGAACGCAUGAAUACAGGCUUGGACAAGCUGAUGGAAGCUGAGCAGUCUGUCAAUGGGCUGUCGAAGGAGCUGGCGGUGAAGGAGCAGGAGCUGGCUGUGGCCUCUCAGAAGGCUGACGGGGUGCUGCAGGAGGUCACCGUGAAGGCCCAGGCGGCCGAGAAGGUCAAAGCCCAGGUGCAGAAGGUCAAAGACAAGGCCCAGGCCAUCGUGGACGAGAUCGAGGGCGACAAGAAGGUGGCCGAGUCCAAGCUGGAGGCUGCCAAGCCUGCGCUGGCCGCCGCAGAGGCUGCCCUGCAGACAAUCAAGCCGGCAGACAUUGCGACGGUGCGUAAGCUGGGCAAGCCUCCGCACCUGAUCAUGCGCAUCAUGGACGCGGUGCUGAUCCUGUUCCAGCGGCGAGUGGACGCGGUCACCAUGGACCCCGAGAGGCCUUGCCUGCGGCCGUCCUGGACAGAAGCCCUCAAGCUCAUGAACAACUCAGGGUUCCUCGGCAUGCUCCUCAACUUCAACAAGGACACCAUCACUGGAGAGAUGGUGGAGCUGCUGGCUCCGUACCUCAGCAUGGACGACUACAACCUGGAGGCGGCCAAGAGGAUCUGUGGCAACGUGGCCGGCCUGUGCUCCUGGACAGAGGCCAUGGUGGACUUCUUUGGCAUCAACAAGGAGGUGCUGCCUUUAAAGGCCAACCUGACUCUGCAGGAGGCGCGCUUGGCGGUGGCCCAGGGGGAGCUUGCGCAGGCCCAGGAGCAGCUGGACGCCAAGCAGCGCGAGCUGGACGCUGCGCAGGCCCAGUACGAGGCGGCCAUGCGCGAGAAGCAGACGCUGCUGGACGACGCCGACGCCUGCCGGCACAAGAUGUCCAACGCCAUGGCACUCAUCGACGGCCUGGGUGGAGAGAAGGUCCGGUGGACGGAGAGCAGUGCUGAGUUCCAGAGCCAGAUCAGGCACCUGGUCGGGGACGUGCUGCUGGCCACCGGCUUCCUGUCCUACGCCGGGCCCUUCAACCAGGAGUACCGCAACCUGCUGCUGCAGCAGUGGAGGAGGGAGAUGACGGCCAACCGCAUCCCGCAUACUGACAGCUUGAAUGUCAUCAGCAUGCUGGUGGACAACACCACCAUCGGAGAGUGGAACCUGCAGGGUCUGCCCAACGAUGACCUGUCCAUCCAGAACGGCAUCAUCGUCACCAAGGCCUCCCGAUACCCUCUCCUCAUCGACCCUCAGGGCCAAGGCAAGAUCUGGAUCAAGAACCGGGAGAAGGACAACGAGCUACAGGUUACAUCCUUGAAUCACAAGUAUUUCCGCUCCCACCUGGAAGACUGCAUGUCUCUGGGCAGGCCUCUGCUGCUGGAGGAUGUAGGCGAGGAGCUAGACCCCGUGCUCGACAACAUCCUGGAGAAGAACUUCAUCAAGUCUGGCUCCACCUACAAGGUGAAGGUGGGGGAUAAGGAGGUGGAUGUGAUGAAGGGCUUCAGGCUGUACAUCACCACCAAGCUGGCCAACCCGGCCUACACGCCGGAGGUCAGCGCCAAGACGGCCGUGGUGGACUUCACCGUCACCAUGCGGGGCCUGGAGGACCAGCUGCUGGGACGCGUCAUACUCAUCGAGAAACAGGAGUUGGAGUCUGAGCGUGUGAAGCUCCUGGAGGAGGUGACGACCAACAAGCGCAAGAUGCAGGAGCUGGAGGACAACCUGCUGUACCGCCUGACCAGCACGCAGGGCUCCCUGGUGGAGGACGAGUCCCUCAUACAGGUCCUCCGAGUCACCAAGACCACCGCAGAGGAGGUCAGCGAGAAGCUAAGUGUCGCCGCGGAGACAGAGGUGAAGAUCAACUGCGCGCGUGAGGAGUACCGGCCCGUAGCCACCAGGGGCAGCAUCCUCUACUUCCUGAUCGUGGAGAUGAGCCUGGUGAACGUGAUGUACCAGACCUCCCUGCGGCAGUUCCUGGGCCUCUUCGACACCUCCAUGGAGCGCUCCGUCAAGUCCCAGAUCACCGCCAAGCGGCUGGCCAACAUCAUGGAGCACCUGACCUACGAGGUGUUCCGCUACACGGCCCGCGGCCUCUACGAGAACCACAAGUUCCUCUUCACGCUGCUGCUGGCGCUCAAGAUCGACCUGCAGGCCCACAACAUCUCCCACGCCGAGUUCCAGACCUUCAUCAAAGGUGGUGCGUCGUUGGACCUGAACUCGGUGGAGGCCAAACCCAAGCGCUGGAUCCUGGACAUGACCUGGCUCAACCUGGUGCAGCUCUCCUCCCUGCACCCCUUCACUGCACUACUCAUGCAGGUGGCCCAUAACGACCGUCCCUGGCGGUGCUGGUUUGACGAGGCCGCGCCCGAGGAGGCCCCCCUCCCCGACAACUACGAUGGCCUGGUGGACGCCUUUCGGAAGCUUCUGCUGAUCCGGAGCUGGUGUCCUGACCGCACCAUUGCUCAGGCUCGGAAGUACAUCACAGCUUCGCUGGGGAGCAGGUAUGCGGAGGGCGCGCUCCUGGAUAUGGAGGCCUUGUCUGGGGAGAGCGACAAGAGGACUCCCCUCAUCUGCUUCCUCUCCAUGGGCUCCGACCCCACUGAGAAUAUCGAGCGGCUCGCUAAGGCCAAGUCGGUGCCCUGCAGGCCGAUCUCCAUGGGCCAGGGGCAGGAGGUGCACGCUCGCCGGCUGCUGUCCCAGAGCAUGGCGGAUGGCGGCUGGCUGCUGCUCCAGAACUGCCACCUGGGCCUGGACUUCCUGGACGAGCUGCUGGACAGCGUCACCAGCGCCGAGGGCGUCCACGACGGCUUCCGCGUCUGGGUCACCACCGAGGUGCACCCAAAGUUCCCCAUCAACCUGCUGCAGUCCUCCAUCAAGUUCACCAACGAACCGCCGCAAGGUAUGAAGGCGGGGCUGCGGAGGACAUAUGGAGGGCUGACUCAGGACCAGCUGGAGAUCACCAACAUGCCCCAGUGGAGACCGCUGCUCUACGCACUGGCCUUCCUACACACCACCGUGCAGGAGAGGCGCAAGUUCGGCCCGCUGGGCUGGAACAUCCCGUACGAGUUCAACCAGGCCGACUUCACCUCCAGCAUGCAGUUUAUCCAGAACCACCUGGACGAGGUGGACGUGAAGCGUGGCGUAAACUGGAGCUGCCUGCGCUACAUGCUCGGGGAGGUCCAAUAUGGCGGCCGCGUGACAGACGACCUUGAUAAGCGGCUGCUCAACACAUUCGCCAGCAUCUGGUUCAGCGAGAACAUGUUCGGGGACAAGUUCUGCUUCUACAAGGGCUAUACCAUUCCCAAGGUCAAGACCGUGCAAGACUACCUGAGCCAUAUUGAUAUGCUGCCACUGGUGGACACCCCUGAGGUGUUCGGCCUCCAUCCCAACGCUGACAUCACCUACCAGACGAACCUGGCGCAGGAGACGCUGAGCACCAUCAUCAGCAUCCAGCCCAAGGACAGUGGCGGCGGGGGCGGGGAGACGCGCGAGAGCACCGUGCUGCGACUGGCCAAUGAGAUGCUGGAGAAGCUCCCGCCCGACUACGUCCCCCACGAGGUGCGGUCACAUCUACAGAAAAUGGGCCCUUUCCAGCCCAUGACCAUCUUCCUGCGGCAGGAGAUUGACCGCAUGCAGCGGAUCAUCGGAAGAGUGCGAAGCACCCUCACCGACCUCAAACUGGCCAUAGACGGGACCAUCAUCAUGUCUGAGGACCUGCGUGAUGCGCUGGACAGCAUGUACGAUGCCCGGGUGCCGCGGCUGUGGCUGAGGAUCUCCUGGGAGGCGGCCACGCUGGGCUUCUGGUUCACCGAGCUCCUGGAGAGGAACCAGCAGUUCCACAGCUGGACCUUUGGUGGCAGGCCCAACCAGUUCUGGCUCACCGGCUUCUUCAACCCACAGGGAUUUCUGACGGCCAUGCGCCAGGAGACCACCCGUAUGAACCUGUCCAAAGGCUGGGCCCUGGACACGGUGGUGCUUCACAAUGAUGUCACGCGCAUGAUGAAGGAGGACGUCACUGCCCCCCCGCCCAGCGAUGUCGGGGGCGUCUACAUCUAUGGGCUCUUCCUGGAGGGAGCCGGCUGGGACAAGAGGAACGCCAAACUAACAGAGGCCUCUCCUAAGGUCCUCUUCACUCCGCUGCCGGUGGUGCACGUCUAUGCCAUCAGCAGCACGUCUCCUCCGGACGCCAAGCGCGCGGCGUCCAUCAGCCUGUACCCGUGUCCCGUCUACAAGAAGCCGCGCCGCACCGACCUCACCUUCAUCUUCUCCCUGCUGCUGCGUACCAGCCAGGCCGUGGAGCACUGGACGCUCAGAGGGGUGGCUCUGCUCUGUGACUGCAAAUGAGCAAGUAGCUGUCUGUGUCUGUGUCUGAGUCUCAGGUGCAGGGCUUGACACUGGCACCUGCCAACCGGCCAAAUGCUGGUAAAACUUGGCUGUGGCUGGUAACAAUUUCAGUGUCACUAGCCAAUUUGGCAGGUAGCUCAUUCUAUGAUAUGACAUAUCAUAAUAGCGUAUAUUCUGCACUUUGCCCCUUGUGUAUCAAUUGUUUGUAUUUAAGUUCAAGAAAAAGCUCAGUUACUCAGUUUCUAUUUGCUUGUUUUAUUUCCAUGUUGAAACCCAUGCACUCAUCUUCUUGCUUUAAGCACCUCAUCUUCUGAGGUUAGAUGUACAGC